CAGUAAAGAGUUGUCGGGAAAUUAAUAUGGAGUUUACCAAAAAAUACGACCGCUGGACCGACGACGAGGUCCAGGCUUUAAUAAGCGUAUUUGCGGAAGAAGAAAUCCAGCGGGAACUGGAAACGGCAAUCCGCAAUGAAAAGGUAUACCUGAAAAUAUCGAGUCGGUUAUACGAGCUGGGCAUUGUUCACACUGGAAAACAGUGCAGAGAGAAGUUAAAAAAAUUAAAACAAGACUACAAAAAAGUCAAGGAUCACAACAAUAGAAGCGGAUCCGAUCGGCGUACUAACAAGUGGUUUGACCGCCUGGACGCGUUGUUGGGACACAGGCCGGCAUUCUCUGGAGCAGCGGUGACAAAAGACUCGGCAAUUGCAUUUUUGGAAUCCAUUCAUGAUUCUGAGGACCAGUCGGUUGAAGAUGAAAUGAAUGGCCCCAAUGAUGUGCAGGCAACAGAGACCAGUGUGUUUUCCCCUGCAAUCACCAGUAGCCCUCGUCCCAUGUCUUCCGCCGAAACACACACACGACGAGGGAAGAGGAAAAGGGAUUGUGACUUUCUUGAUGCGCUGAGGGACAUGGAAGAUUCUAACCGGACCGCCCUGCAGCUUGGACAAGAACAGCGUGACAAAUAUAUGCAGCUGUUACUUGAGAGCCAGGCUGAGGAAAGAGAGAUGAGGAGGCAGGAGUUGGCGUUCCUGCAGUCGGAAGCUGAAGAAAGCAGACGGCAGCAGAGGGACUUUCAGGCCGGGUUUCUGUCUGUUCUUGGACAGUUUGCCCAGUCAUUCAAAAAGUAGCCACUGAACUCUGAGAUUGCACUUUAAAUUGAACAUUUGCAUUUUUUGUUUUUAUUUGCACAAUUCUAAUUUUUAUGAGGGCCGGGUUUCUGUCUGUUCUUGGACAGUUUGCCCAGUCAUUCAAAAAGUAGCCACUUGAACUCUGAGAUUGCACUUUAAAUUGAACAUUUGCAUUUUUUAUUUUCUUUGCACAAUUCUAAUUUUUAUAUAUUGUUUGCAUUCCUGCAGAGGGCCAGGUUUCUGUCUGUUCUUGGACAGUUUGCCCAGUUGUUCAAAAAUACAUUUGUAUUUGUUUUUCUUUACACAAUAUAUUACUGUUCUCGUAAUUUAUUUCUUUUCACAUGAUUGUAUUUUA